UUUUUCAUUUACUGAUAAAAAAAACGUAUAUAAAAUAUACACUUUAUUGAUUUAUUCAGAUUAUAAAAAAAUUGUUACAAUAUUCAUGAAAUUAUUGAUAAAUUUUAUGUAUUCAGUGAUAAAUAUUAAGAGUCGUAGUUGUAAAUUGAUCUGAGUUGUCUGUGAGUCUGUGAUUUUAUCAGUCAGUAAUAAUGGCGGUGGAAUUAUUAUCAGGAAAAGUAUUUAUUUUAAUAACUGGAGCAAGUAAAGGAAUUGGACGUGAAAUAGCAAUUAAAUUUUCCGAAUUACUAGACAAAGAUUCACGAUUAUUAUUAUUGGCACGUGAUGAAAAUGGUUUGAAGGAAACAGCUGGUAAAAUACGUAAUCAUGUUAAUGUUGACUACGUUAGCGUUGAUUUAUCUGUAGCAAAAGCUGAUCAGUUGGCUGGUAUAAUUAAUAAAUAUGUAAAUCCCGGUGAAUAUGAUCGUGCUGUUGUUGUCCACAAUGUUGGAUCAGUUGGAGAUUUAUCAAAGUUUACUACUGACAUGGAUGAUUUUGAUGAGUGGAGAAAAUAUUACGAUUUAAAUGUAUUUUCACCAGCUGUUUUAAAUUCUGUUUUCAUGAAAAUUUUUGAUGACAAAGUUAAAGCUAAAAAAUUAGUUAUUAAUAUAACGUCACUUUGCGGUAUAGAACCUUUUAAAUCUUUGGGUUAUUAUUGUACUGGAAAAGCUGGACGUGAAAUGUAUUUUAAAGUUUUCGCUCAUGAAUUCCCUGAGGUGAAUGUUUUAAAUUAUUCACCAGGUCCAGUUGAAACUGAUAUGCUGAGAACGAUAGCAGAAACUGCUGCAGAUAUUAAUACAAGAACAACUAUGAGUAAUACACGUAAAGAAAGAAAGCAAUUGACUACUGAUCAAACGGUUGAUCGUCUUAUUGGAAUAUUAAAAGAAAAAAAAUAUAAAUCAGGCGAUCAUGUUGAUUAUUUUGAUAAAAUUUAAACAGUAAAUAGACUUUUGUUAUUUUCUUAUAUAUUUACAUAAAUAUUUUAACUAUGACAAAUUAUUUUUUAUACUAAUUUUUUUUUUUUU